GACUGCUGUGUGUUGGAGAGAGUUUUUUUUUUCUGCUCUUUCCCCAUUCCCCUUCUCGUCAGACAAGCAGAGCGGGACGGAGAGAGGAGAGAGACGUGAGCGAACGAAUGCAGACCAGAACAACUCCACAAAGAGAAGAGAGAGGUGGAUAGUUUUCUUUGCAAGGAAAGGAGGAGAGAAAAAAAAGGAAGCCGAGCCUUUCAGAAUCCACCAACAGAAGAAAUACAAGACGCAGCACAAUUAAAACAUAUCAUUUCCUUUGCUUACCAUCUGAGAACAUUACUUAUUUAUACCCCCAUUUUAUGCUGUAACAGUAAACAUUUCUUUCUCAUUCUAGAAGAGCUCGCAGAAAACUUGUACAAGUUCUUGUUGAGAUUCAGAAUCUGCAGAGAGAAGCAGAAAGAAAGAGAAAGGAAAACCUUUUUUUGGAUCCAGGCUUUCAGAAGCAGGAGGCUGCAGUCGUGGAGACCAUGCCCGGGAGUGGAGCUUGUUCUGGUGCAGGCGUGGGGAGGUUGCCUGGGUACUGGCCAUGUGUGCUGGUCCUCUGUACCCUGGUAACAGGCUAUGCCAACGCGUGCCCUGCCCUUUGUACUUGCAGUGGCACCACGGUUGAUUGCCACGGGCUAGGCAUCAAAACCAUGCCCCGGAAUAUACCACGCAAUACAGAGAGACUGGAACUGAAUGGGAAUAACCUAACACGCAUCACCAAGAGUGACUUCGCUGGACUCAAGUACCUCCGCGUGCUGCAGCUGAUGGAGAAUCAGAUCGGAGUCGUAGAGCGUGGAGCGUUUGACGACAUGAAGGAGCUGGAGAGACUGCGUCUGAAUAGGAAUCAACUGCAGCAGCUUCCAGAACUACUGUUCCAGAAGAACCCUGCCCUGUCACGCCUGGACCUGAGUGAGAACAACAUCCUUUCAAUCCCCAGGAAGGCUUUCAGAGGAGCUACAGACAUCAAGAACCUUCAGCUGGAUAAGAACCACAUUAGCUGCAUCGAGGACGGGGCCUUCCGAGCUCUGAGGGGGCUGGAAGUACUGACUCUGAACAACAACAACAUCAGCAGCAUCCCAGUGUCCAGCUUCAACCACAUGCCCAAACUACGUACCUUUCGUCUGCACUCCAACAACCUGCACUGUGACUGUCACCUGUCCUGGUUGGCCCAGUGGUUAAGACAAAGGCCCACGAUUGGUCUGUUCACCCAGUGCACUGCCCCACCCCCGCUUAGAGGACUCAACGUGGCCGAGAUCCAGAAGCAUGAGUUUACCUGCUCAGGUCAGUCGGAGAACUCCGGCUUGCAGCCUUGCAACCUUGGGGGAGGUUCAUGUCCUGCCAUGUGUUCCUGCAGUAACAACAUCGUGGACUGCCGUGGGAAAGGCCUGACCGCUAUACCAGCCAACCUUCCUGACACCAUGGCAGAGAUUCGCCUGGAGCAGAAUGGAAUAAAGUCAGUUCCUCCAGGCGCCUUCUCUCCCUACAAGAAGCUGCGCAGAAUAGACCUGAGUAAUAACCAGAUAGCAGAGAUAGCUCCGGAUGCCUUCCAGGGCCUGAGAUCCCUCAACUCACUUGUCCUGUAUGGGAAUAAGAUCACAGAGCUUCCCAAAGGAGUGUUUGACGGACUUUAUGCACUGCAGCUCCUGUUGUUGAAUGCCAAUAAGAUCCACUGUGUCCGGGCCAAUGCCUUCACCGACCUGCAGAACCUCUCUCUACUGUCUCUCUAUGACAACAAGAUCCAAACUGUGGCCAAGGGCACCUUCGCUUCCCUCAGAGCUAUACAGACACUUCACCUGGCCCAGAACCCAUUCAUCUGUGACUGUAACCUGAAGUGGCUGGCGGACUACCUGAGGUCCAACCCCAUAGAGACCAGCGGUGCCCGCUGUGCCAGCCCCAGACGACUGGCCAACAAACGCAUCGGGCAGAUCAAGAGCAAGAAGUUCCGCUGCUCUGCCAAGGAACAAUACUUCAUCCCAGGCACAGAGGACAGCCGCCUGAAUAACGACUGUAACAGUGAUCCUGUGUGCCCUCCCAAAUGUCGCUGUGAGUCCAACGUGGUUGACUGUUCCAACCUCCGUCUGAACAAGAUACCAGAACACGUCCCAGCUUCUACCACUGAACUUCGUCUGAACAACAAUGAGAUCACCACACUCGAAGCUACAGGUGUCUUCAAGACCCUCUCCCAGCUCAAAAAGAUUAACCUAAGCAACAAUAAAAUCACAGAAAUCGAAGAUGGAGCAUUCGAGGGGGCGGGGUCUGUCAAUGAACUUCACCUCACUGCCAAUCAACUGGACUCUGUCCGCAGUGGAAUGUUCAAAGGACUGGAGGGACUACGCAUGCUAAUGUUGAGGAACAACAAGAUCAGCUGUAUCCAUAAUAACAGUUUCACCGGGCUGUACAACGUUCGUCUGCUGUCUCUUUAUGACAACCAGCUGACCACCAUCACUCCGGGAGCCUUCGACACUCUUCAGACACUGUCCACACUUAACCUCCUGGCUAACUCCUUCAACUGUGACUGUCGAUUGGCCUGGCUUGGGGAUUGGCUGAGGAGCAGGAAGAUCGUCACUGGCAACCCUCGAUGUCAGCGCCCUGCCUUCCUCAAAGAGAUCCCGCUACAGGAUGUGGCGCUCCCUGACUUCCGCUGUGAAGACGGCGUGGAGACGAUGAGCUGCGUGCCAAGGCCUCAGUGUCCCAGUGAGUGCACCUGUCUGGAGACGGUGGUGCGCUGCAGUAACAAACACCUCCGCGUGCUUCCCAAAGGGAUCCCCAGAAACGUCACCGAGCUAUACCUAGAUGGAAACCAGUUCAGCGUGGUGCCAAAGGAGCUGUCUACCUUUAAAUACCUUCAAUUGGUAGACCUUAGCAACAACAAGAUCAACUCUCUCACCAACUCCUCCUUCUCCAACAUGACCCAGCUCACCACGCUGAUCCUGAGUUACAACUCCCUGCGCUGCAUUCCCAGUCUGGCUUUCGGUGGACUACGCUCCCUUCGAUUACUGUCUCUCCAUGGCAACGAGAUCUCCGAGCUUCCCGAUGGCAUCUUCAGUGACGUGGCCUCUCUGUCUCACCUUGCUAUUGGUGCCAACCCCUUGUACUGUGACUGCCGUCUGCGCUGGCUGUCUGACUGGGUAAAGACUGGGUACAAGGAGCCUGGCAUCGCCCGCUGUGCCGGACCAACGGGAAUGGAGGGCAAACUUCUGCUGACCACCCCGGCCAAAAAGUUUGAGUGCCACGGUGCGGUGGACAGUGGGGUCCUGGCCAAGUGCAACCCUUGUCUGUCCAGCCCCUGUGUCAACCAGGGGAUCUGUGUCAGUGAUCUGGUGGAGAUCUACCGGUGCAGCUGUCCUCCUGGAUUCAAGGGUAGAAACUGUGAGACUGCCCUGAACGCCUGUGUCAACAGCCCCUGUGCCAACGGAGGCACCUGCCAACUCAAUGAGCUGGAGGAAGGGGCAUUCACCUGUGACUGUCCCCUUGGAUUUGAGGGUCCAGCCUGCCAGACCAACACAGAUGACUGUGAAGACAACAACUGUGAAAACGGAGCUACCUGUAUAGAUGGGGUCAACCAAUAUACCUGCCUGUGUCCACUUUAUUACACAGGGGAGAUGUGUGAAGAGAUGGAGGAUGUGUGUGCUCCAGGUCGCAGCCCGUGUCAACACCAGUCCACCUGUCUCAUCACGUCCAAUGGACCGCAAUGUGUGUGUUCCCCGGGCUACGUUGGGGACGACUGCAGCAUGGACUACGACGACUGUGAGGAGAGCCGCUGUCAGAACGGUGCCCAGUGUGUUGACGAGCUCAACGGGUACACCUGCUCCUGCCCAGACAACUACAGCGGUCAGUUGUGUGAGGUGCCCCCCUCCCCGCGGUCUCUGUGUGAACUGGCGGACUGCCAGAACGACGCCCCGUGCGUGGAACGGGCCGGCCGGGCACUCUGCCAGUGUCUCCCCGGGUUCGGAGGGCCUCGCUGUGAGAAGCUGGUCAGUGUGAACUUUGUGGACAGGGAUUCCUACCUGCUGCUGUCUGACCUCAAGAACUGGCCCCAGGCUAACAUCACACUGCAGGUCUCCACAGCAGAGGAGAACGGUAUCCUGCUGUAUAAUGGGGACAACGAUCACAUCGCUGUGGAGCUGUACCAGGGUCACGUUAAGGUCAGCUACGACCCUGGGAGCCAGCCCGGACACGCUAUCUACAGUACUGAGACAAUCAACGACGGUCAGUUCCACACAGUGGAGCUGGUGACCUUUGACCAGAUGGUGAACCUGUCAAUCGACGGGGGUCUCCCCACCACCAUGGACAGCCUGAGGGGGGUCCGGCCCCUCAAUGGGGAGGCUCCGCUAUACGUGGGGGGUAGGGGCCCUCUCCAGAACACACCUACUUCCUCCUCCUCUGCUGCAGGAAUGCCGGUGGAUGUCCACUCAGCAGCAUUCCGGCUCUGGCAGAUUCAAAAUGGCUCCAGUUUCCACGGCUGCAUCCAGAACCUGUAUAUCAACAACGAGCUACAGGACUUCACUAAGACCCAGAUGAAACCUGGUGUGGUGCCAGGCUGUGAGCCCUGCAGAAAGAUCUACUGCCUGCAUGGCAUCUGCCAGCCGGACGGGGCACAGGGACCGGUCUGCCACUGCCAACCAGGCUGGAGCGGACCACACUGUGACCAGCUGGUCACUAAUCCAUGCCAGGGAAGCAAGUGCGUGCACGGGAAGUGUAUUCCCCUGGACCUGCAGUCAUACCGCUGUGAGUGUGUGGAGGGCUACCGUGGGGCCCUGUGUAACCAGCAGGGGGAGCUGUUCAACCCCUGCCGCAGUCGCAACUGUAAACACGGACGCUGCCAGAUCUCUGACACAGGGGACGCUUACUGCCACUGUGAGGCGGGAUACACCGGAGCGCUCUGUGACGCCGACCAAGAGGUCACCCGGCCCAAACCAACCACAGAGUCAGAGUGCCAAGGGGAGCCCGUGAGGGACUUCUACCAGGUGCAGCGUGGGUACGCCAUCUGCCAGACUACACGCAUGGUCUCCUGGGUAGAGUGCUCCGGCGCCUGUGACACGGGGGCCUGCUGUGCCAGUCAGCGAAUGAAACGCCGGAAAUACACCUUCGACUGCAGCGACGGAACCUCGUUCAGCGAGGAGGUGGAGAAAACCGUCAAGUGUGGCUGUGUGGGCUGUAUGUAGCGCGCCGCUAACCUGCUACUGCCACAACUGGGCGCACCACAGAGAGAGAGGACCAGAGAGGAAGACAACGAGAGAGUAUAAAGAAAUAUAUAUAUAAAAAAAAACCUCUAUCUAUAUAUUAUGGACAACAAUGUUUGUAAAAUAAGACAUUUCCUCGUACAGAAACACAGAGAAAACAAACAUCAACAACAACAACAACAACAACACGGAGAAUUGUAAACACUAAACCAUUGUAUUAGCGACAUUGUUUCGAAGGGUUCUAGAGAUAUCGAAGGCGUUGCAUUCAGAGAAGGUAUCAUCAUUCAACCCCUUCAUACACACCUGGUCUAAACCUUCGGGCCACACGGCCCAUCCAUUUAUUAGGCCUUGGCCUAAGAUCCAUCUCCCAUCCUGGCUUCCUGAAGGCCGUGUGUAAUCAGACGGAAGGCCUGGUCGGGGUGGCAGAAGGGUAGAGGUGCAGAGAUACCGAAAGACGGGGGAGAACGGAGUUGGCCUGCAGUCCAGUUUGGCUAGGCAGGGGUUGGGCUAUAGCCGGUGUGGGCCGGGAGUGUCUUUACCUGCCAUGCGACGGAGUGUGGUCGUAUUUGGUUGGGCUUAGCUUAACUCGGCCGGAUGGAAGUCGAGCGGUGCAAGGCAGAGCCGGGGCUUGCUCGGGCUACAGCUGUGCUAGGCUAAGCAGAGCCCAGGCUAGGUCAGGCUAUAUCUGUGCUGGGCUGAACAGAGCCCAAGCAAUGUUGGGCUAUAGCUGCGCUAGGCUAAGCAGAGCCCAGGCUAGGUUGGGCUUUCACUGUGCCAGGCUGAGCGGACCUGGAGCAAGGUCAGGCUAUAGCUGCGCUAGGCUAAGCAGAGCCCAGGCUAGGUCAGGCUUUCAUUGUGCCAGGCUGAGCAGACCUGGGGCAAGGUCAGGCUAUAGCUGCGCUAGGCUAAGCAGAGCCCAGGCUAGAUCAGGCUAUAGCUGCGUUAGGCUAAGCAGAGCCCAGGCUAGGUCAGGCUAUAGCUGCGCUAAGCCAGACUGCUUGUUAGAUGAGGUGACUAUCCGCGAGUCUUCAGAACAAGACUUGUCCAUUCUUUCCAUUACUGAUAAGACCACUGCACUGAGAUACUAGCACUGAGAAUCAGUCAUUUGUCCUUCUCAUACACACACACACACACACACACACACUAGAGAAUGGUCUUGUCUGAAAAGGGUUGUUCCAUUAAAAGCAUUGUGAGAAGGCUCUGUCAGAUACACAUAGGGCAGUCAGAGCCUCUAUUCCCCUACAGUAGGAUAUAAGCUAUUCUGUACCCAUCUGGAGUGGGCAGUGCCCGGUGUAGACCCAUCCCCCAGCAUGCAUUGUCUCUGGAUGAUUUGCAUAAGUCCUUCACCUUUGAGUAGGAGGAUAAUUAGGCCCCCUGCCCUCGAUGCCUGCAGUAUUAAACGUGUGCAAACUGUUGCAUGUGAGAAGUUUGCAAAUGGAUAUGUAGAGCUUUUUAUUGUUUAUUAUUAUGGAACAAAUAUGUGCAGCAUUUGUUUUUAUUUUGUUUAUAUCCAUUUUUUUUCCUUUUGCAUUGUUUUAUUACAUUUUGUUUUCUGGUGUAACCUAACUCCUUUAGCCCUCUCUUUAUACAGAAAUGCCUAACAGAUUCUAAUAUAUAUAUAUUUGUAUUUCAUUUUGGUAUAGUAUUUUUAUAUGUUAAAGAGUAAAUCUGUGUUUUCUGGAAGCUUCUAUUGGAACAGGCAGGAUGGCAUUUGAUUGGUUCCCUAGCUGUUUUUAUUCAUUUAUUUCACUUGCUCAAAAAAGCUAGUCUGUAAUUGUCCAAAACAAGGUAGCAAACUAUUGGCCUUGUUGUAUAAGAGACAAUACUGACAUAGAAACAUGUUUAAUAUUGUAUAUGUUGUCUUCCAUGUGAAUAUGACAUCUAAUUAAUUUGAUAGUCUGUGUGCCGUUUUAUUUUUAUUUAUUAUCUUAAGGCUUUUUCCUGUAGAGUAUAAAAGGCAUAACAAUUGUUGCUGUUUUUAAAGAAAAAAAUUUAAAAGGAAGAAAAAAAAUAUUUAAAACAAAAGUGUAACAAAAAAAGCUGUAAGGUAUUUGUGACAUCACUAAAUAGCCAGUUAAGACAGUGUUUCCUCACCGCUGGCUUAAACACAUUCCUCAUUGGCAGUUGGGGCCAAUUGGGUGGAGUUAAUUGCCAAUUAGGGAGAUGCCCCUCCCACUCUGAAAUUGACAUUUUCUGUGUUUACUAUAUAUACCAUACUCUGAAAUAUAGUAAAAGGAUUCUGAUCGUCUUGUGUUGAUUUAGUUAAAGUGUUGGGUUGAAUUUAUGUCAUAAAUUGGGGACAUGUUACAUUCUAGACAGACGCAAUUGUAAGAUUAAAAUGAAACCAAGCUGCUGUAGGAAGCUUAGGGCUCUACUGUAUCUGUAUCACUGAAUCAUUACAGAUGAGAGGUGAAAGUUGGCUCAGCAACAUCCAGGUUAGGGGGAGGGAUGGGUGCCACAUGUUGCUUGGCCAAUGCGCUUUGGAAGACAUCCCUAUAUUCAACUAUUUCAAUCUGCUGGGUGUUGCUGUGUUGAAAGAAGGUCCUAAUCACAACUAGAAUACCACAGAAUUGCAAGAAGCAAAAGGGGUUGAUUGCUGAUAUAGACUGAAGAGUGCUUAUUUAUUGUGGAUGUGCAUAAACAUGUCUACAUUUCUGCCUGCGUUCAGAGCUGUACGAGUAGUCGUGUUACCAUUGUACAGUGGAGAGGUAAAGACGAUGAGGCCAUUGGCUGAAAUACAUUCUGUACGUUUGCAAUUGGAUGAGCUAUGUUUUUUCCAUUUUAACAUGUAAUAUGUACAGUUAAACAUCUCUAUUGUUCUGACCAGCUAUAAUACACGCAUCAGAGAGGAAAAGGUGCCAAUCGCAGAGUAGAACCGUCCAUCCCAACCUGAAUGUAUAAAAGUGUAUAAAAACAAAUUGUGCCCAGUCCUGAACUGGCAUUGUUCAGCUAUUCUCCUGUUAAGUAUCAAAUAUAAAGAGACCAUAUACUCUUUUUCAAAGUGAGAGACCUACAGGAAAGUUUUCCUGUGGAGUAAGAUGAAGUCCCUACACACUGAUCUACAGUAAGUUUCUUUUUUUUUCCAAACUGUAAGAUGAAGCUUUAGUGAGGGAAUGCUGAUCCUAGAACUUUUCCAGAGCAAUUUCUACCAAGGGCGUCCUGUUGCAGUUCUUCUAUGUUUGCCCAAAAGGUCUUAGAUCUAGCCCUGAGGUCAUCCAAUGGUCCACAUUGUAUAUUGAUGAACUGUCAGCUCUAAACCUUUAGCUCUAUCCGUCCCAGUUUAAUCAAGGUUCUCACCAAAAUGGACUCAUUCACACUUGCAAACAUUGUGGAUUGUUGAAAUGCAGCCAGAUUCCUUUGUCUAGUGGGAAUCCCCCACAGAAUCCAUGAAAAAUGAACUGUACUCUAGUAACAAAUCAUUGUGAAAGACUCCGUGUCUCUUGUAUUGAAAUGGUGCAAAACAAAUUAUCAAAAACUAUUUCUCUGGUUUCUUACAGAUGUGCUAUUUCUGUUGCUUUAGUUUUGUUCCGUCGCAGGUGUGAUGGUGGGAUUGAACUGAAGUCCCAUUAAUGCUGAAUGUAUGUAGUAUCUAGCUAUCUAUCGCCACCGACAAAAUGUUUACCGAACCUCCUCCACUUUCCAUUCAUUAAACUUUAAUGUGUGUGCUUUUAACAUGAAA